UAAGUGAAGAACCAAUGCAACGACUUUAUAUGGUUUUUUUCUUCUUUUUUUUUCAUCUGCGCAGCGCUCUAGCCUGGGAUGUUUUUAGAUCAGUGUCACGGAGAGGAGAGACAUUUUAUGAGACCACUACCAACUGGUUCCAGGUAGCAGCCAAAACCGUCAAGGUCAUUGCCUACAUUAUCAUCUUCCUUGCCGUCUUGGCCUGUGCGGUCGUCAGUAAAGCCAGCCUGCUGCUUAUGACACAGGCCAUUGGAAACGCCGAUCUGGGCAACGUGAAUCGAGACAGAUGGGUGUUCCUUCUUAUAUGUGCUGUUUGCUUCCCAUACAUCACCAUCCUCAUAGAGUCUUCCGUGAAAUCAUUGUUCGGAAACCUUCCUGGUCCGUCUAUAUGGAACCUGAUAUGGGUCCUGGUGAUAGAGUCAAUACAUUCCUUCGGCCUGUGUUUGUUUCUGUUUCGCGUUCUUCCUUGCCUUGAUACCGUCAGGUGCCUGUUGCUUAUGAAUGCAUUAUCUACCACUGCUGAAUCCACCAUUGCCUCCGUCUGGAAUUACAGCUACUAUCUCUCGGACAUGUCCUGGGAAAUACCGAUCUCUUUAAUACUCAUCUCCAUCAAGUGGUGGGAGAAUUUCUGGGACAAGGUAAUCUUUUUCUUUGUUUGUUUACAGGAUUUGCGCAUUGGCUGUUUGUAUCUGCCGGUAAAAUUAUACAAGGACACUUUACAUCGCUGCCGAACAAAAUCUUACAUUCUAGCCAGCUUUUGGAAGAUUGGAGUCACUUUUGGAUUUGCUUACCUCCUAGUUCCAAAUCUUCAGAUGUGGCAAACCUAUCUUCCUCUCAUGGUGCAGAUAGCUAGUUCCGGUUUGUGCUAUUACUUCGCUAGACUGGCCUGCAAGCUAUGUAUUCUGGCUACGCCGCUGUCUGUGGCAGUUAUCAUUACGGUAUGUCAAAAUAAUGUCUUGUUCUGGCACUUGGGCCUGGGCUUUGGCUUGUGGUGGACCUCUCAACUGUGGAUCACUCGCUACAUUUGGACACCCAAAGCGCCACGUCUCGCUUUUACAGAAAGAUUGUUUAUGCUGCCUCAGUACUGCGGGGCUCUCAUAGAACAGUCUUUGCUGCUCAACCGUCGGAGAAACGACAAAGAAAGAAUACUAAAGGAGAUGCCCCUCCCCGAUGAUGUCAGCAUGGACAGCUCCAGCACAGACGCCACAAUGAGGAGACAGAGGGACAACGUUGUACCCAAGAUCUAUGUCUGCGCCACAAUGUGGCAUGAGACAGAACGAGAGAUGAAAGAAUUACUCAUGUCUGUUUUCAGGCUCGACAGUGACCAGAGCGCCAGGAAAAAUGCACAGGACUUUUUUAAUGUUCAAGACCCAGAUUUUUACGAGUUUGAAGCUCACAUCUUUGUAGACGAUGCCAUGGAUUUCAACAGCAACGGAGAGUGGAUGCCAAAUCUUUUUGUCAAACAGCUGGUGUCAGUUAUAGACAGUGCCGCAAGUGCCAUUCACGAAUCUGAGAUCAGUCUGUCUGCCCCCACCAAGAUCCCAACACCCUACGGUGGUCGCUUGGUCUGGAAGCUGCCGGGUGAGAAUCUUCUCAUUGCUCAUAUCAAGGACAAAAACAAGAUCAGACACAAGAAGCGAUGGUCACAGGUGAUGUACAUGUACUACCUGCUUGGCUAUCGUCUGCUAGGCCAGCAAGACGAGUCUCUCAACUCCUCAACCGCAGAAAAAGACGGCAAAUGGAAUAGCACUUCCAACCAUUUUGUUAAAGGGAACCUCUUCAAGUACAUUCCCGAACGAGUCCUGGUUCAGGCGGAGAACACUUUCAUUCUGGCACUGGAUGGUGACGUGGACUUUAAGCCCCAUGCGGUACAACUGCUGGUGGACAGAAUGAGAAAGAACAAAAAAGUUGGAGCUGCCUGUGGCCGCAUUCAUCCUGUCGGGGGAGGAGCCUUGGUCUGGUAUCAAGUCUUUGAGUACGCCAUUGGUCACUGGCUGCAGAAAGCUGCGGAGCAUAUGCUUGGCUGUGUCCUGUGUAGUCCUGGUUGUUUCAGCUUGUUCAGAGGGUCCGCACUCAUGGAUGACAACGUCAUGAGGACUUAUGCUACCAGGUCCUCAGAAGCCAGACAUUACCUACAGUACGAUCAAGGUGAGGACAGAUGGCUAUCGACAUUACUGCUUCAGCAAGGGUACAAGAUGGAGUACUGUGCUGCUUCAGACGCCAUGACUCAUUCUCCCGAAAGCUUCAAGGAGUUCUUCAAUCAAAGACGCCGCUGGAUUCCAUCCACACUGGCCAACAUCAUGGAUCUGCUACAAUCCUUCCGCAUUCAUAUUUUAAAAAAAAACAAAAACAAAAAAAAACUCAUUUGUAUUUCAAAAUGUUAUCAUUUGUCACUCCAGGCUCUGCUAAUGAUUUCCACUGUGCUCGGACCAGCAACCAUCCUACUUAUGAUGGCAGGAGCCAUCAAUCCUGUGUGGAACAUUGAACUAUGGCAGGCCUACCUUCUCGUGGUUGGACCCAUUGCUGGCUACCUCAUCCUAUGCUUCAUUACCAAGACGGAAACACAGCUGAACUUGGCUGCAGUGUUUAGUGCUGUAUAUUCUCUUCUAAUGAUGGCCGUAAUUGUUGGUACAGCAGUACAAAUUGCAGAAGACACUAUUAUAAGUCCCAAUGCUCUUUUUCUCCUCAUGUUGAUUGCUAUAUUCAUUUUAUCAGCCGCUUUUCAUCCACAAGAGUUCUUUUGCUUGUUACCUGGUGCCUUGUAUUUUCUAGCCCUGCCCUCUGGUUAUGUUCUACUCAUGGUGUAUUCUAUGUGUAACCUGCACGUUGUCUCAUGGGGCACCCGUGAGACAUCGUCACUCGAGAAAAAGGCACAGAUGACUCAGCGACUAUCGCCAAAGAACAGUGGAGGGUUUUCUGGGUGGAUGCACCGGCAGGAGGAGGAAAAAACGAUGUCGGACGACGGGAUGUUUCUUGAUGAAGACAGGGAUGAACUCAUAAAUCCAAAAUGGAUAGAAGAUGAGGGACUCAAGGAUGGUGAAGUACAGUACUUACCAAUGCGGGAGAUUGAAUUUUGGCAAAGAUGUAUAGCAAAGUACCUUCACCCAAUCAAUCCAGAUAAGGCAGUAGAAGCCAAGAUCGCAGUGGAUCUUAAAUCCAUGAGAAAUAACGUUGCUUUUGCCUUCUUUAUGAUGAACGCAUUUUGGAUGGUAAUAAUCUUUAUGCUGCAGCGUGUUAAAGACAAAAUCAGUAUACCCAUUCCCAGAUACGGAGGCGGCACACUAAACAUAGAGCCACUGGGUUUAAUCUUCCUGUGUGUCUUUGCUUUUAUUCUCCUAUUGCAGUUUCUGGCUAUGCUUAGACAUCGAUACGGGACUUUACUUCACAUUUUGGCUUCUACAGAGCUGAGAGUAAUUCGCGAUAUUGUGGAAUACGCUAAGAAGAUGCAGAAACUAUCUGGCAUUGAUGAUGAUCUUACAGAUCAAGAUUUCGAUUACACAAGCUCUUCAGAAAGUAGACCAAAUAGUAUUCAGCCUUCGUCUUCAAACCUCUAUAGCUACUCAAGUAA